AUGGAAGAGAGUAUAGCUGAUGCAAAUCCAACCAUUUCACUGUCAAAAGCCAGUAAUAAUAAUGCAGCCACAAACAAUGAAGCAAAGAACGUGAACAAGCCGCAGCCAAAGUUUAAUCCGGACGAUCUGUAUUAUGAUAUGUCCGGGGAUAAAUAUCUUAUAAUAUUCAAUAACACAGUUUUUAAGAACACACGUUAUUUCAACUAUCAACAACCUUCAACUCGGCAUGGCACUGAAGAAGACGUGAAGGCUCUUAAGAAGACGUUCUUUGACUUGGGAUAUAAAACACUAACAUUCAACGAUUUAGACCAUGGGGAAAUUCUUAAUAAAGCGCUUGAAAUAAGCCGAAUGGACCACACUACGACUUCUUGCCUAUGCAUCGUGAUUUUAACACACGGGGAUAAAGGUGGUUCUUUGUUCGCCGCGGAUAGACCUUACCAGUUCACAGAUAUCACGAAGAUGUUAGAAAAUGGGGAUAAGAGUCUGGUAAACAAACCGAAACUCUUUUUUAUACAGGCAUGCCGUGGCAGCAAUGUGGAUUCUGGUAGAACGGUGCAAAUUGACAGCGACGACGGCGAAUAUUUCCAUGUUCCUUCGCAUGCCGACUUCUUCGUGAUGUACUCUACCGUUGAAGGCUUUUUGUCGUAUCGUAACGUCUUAGGCUCGUUCAUGAUCCAGGAGCUUUGUAAGGUGAUCGACAAGUACCAUGAGAGUCUAGACAUGCUUCACAUAGCAACGCUGGUCAACAGGAAGGUGGCCUACGAAUAUAGUACUUAUACUCCGAAAAAUGCGGCAACGAACAACAAAAAACAAAUGCCUGAAGCCCGUUUUACAUUGACUAAGCUGUUUAAAUUUUGA